CUCCGGGGAUGAGGGCCCGGUUAUCCCUUUUGUAACAGGACACUUUCACCGGUGCACCUAGCCCGCAGUACCUCAGGCUUUUCUACCACGGCUGCGAAACAACCUAGUCGUCCGAAGCACCCGAGCUUCCGGGAAGACAAACCAAGCUGACAAAUACAUCAAGAUGGCUGGACGAUUCAACCAGGAUCAGCUCAAGCAGUACAAGGCGGUUUUUGAGGCUUUCGAUAAGAACAAGGAUGGCGUGAUCAACGCGGAGGAAUUGGAAACGGCACUUAAGCAGCUCGGCCAGGCUCCCACAAAGGAAAUGGUUCGGGCCAUGAUCAAGGCGGCUGAUAAGGAUGACAGUGGCACUCUCAACUUCGACGAGUUCCUGGGGAUGGUGUACCAGGUCAUGUCCAACCAGCCGGCCGAGGAGACGCUUCGUGAAGCCUUCAGACCCUUUGAUAGGGAUGGCAAUGGCUACAUUGAUCCCCAGGAACUGAAAGCAGCCAUGGCCAGCAUGGGACAGCGGAUGACUGAUGCUGAAAUCGAUGAGAUGAUCCAGGCUGCCGACAAAGACGGCGAUGGCCGGGUCAACUACGAGGAAUUCAUCAACAUCCUCCGUCCCAAGGCUUAAGAAAGCGACAAAGCAUAGGGAUAUACCAUGGCCUUUGAACCAGCUACCCCAGGGUUCCUUGCGCGUACGCGAAUGAGGUGUCGGCCAUCUUGGUUUCUUGUAGAGGCUAAAACAUACAUACAAAGAUGGGAAUUGUCGGGUAAAUACAUUAUGGUGGAGAAGAGCAAGAAGGAAAAUGGACCUAAGACAAUCCAGGUUAUAUGUACAUGCACAACUAGACGGUACAUGAUUUUCUCAUGAAGAACACCGAAGUAGAACAGGAACAUCCUAUCAAAUAGGUAGCUAAAUACAUCAUAUCCUUACAGAAGGAAUGAUAGUGGUGCUCUCUAUAUAAUUCAUUAGAACUAUAAUCCUAGAAUGUGCUCAUAUGAAAAUAUUGUUGUGGAGAAAGAAUGUGAUUGAAAAUAACAACUUUUGGAUGAGAGGAAACUAAGAUGGCCGCCACAACAAAUUCGGCAAAUUCUGUCCGGUGACAAUCUUGCUUCUUUUUCUUUCUUCCUUGACUUAGGGUUGGUAGUCCUUGUGAAAUAGCAGAUCGGCAAAUAACGGUGCUCGUGUAGACGACUAACACUAACUGUUUAACUGUGAAUGAUUCAUUACAUGAAGCCAGGAAAGGAAAUCAUUACAACAUAUGCUUAAGAGUCAGGAAGAAAGGGUUGCGAAUAUUUUGCAUGUAAAAUUGCUCAGUCAAAGUAUGUAUUUUAAAACAAGUAUGAAAUAUCAAUGUGCAAACGUAUAUGUCGUGUUAUUCUAAACUAAUGAUUUGCGUUUUAAAUUUGUUCUGUGUCUGUCUGUCAGGUUUUAAAAGCAUGCUGUAGAGAUAACGGUCACUCCCGGAGUUGCAAGUUUUGUUCCGUAAUACCCUCUGCACUGAAGUCAGCUAUAGAUGGCAGAUAUUGGGAGCACUAUUCAUCUGUGGUAACACUUCUAAUAUAUCAUAUAAAACUUCGCUGCUAAAAUCUAAGCAUGGACAUAAUUCAUAACCCUUCUUUUUGUAACUCUAACGUAUUUACUGUCGUCGUGCUUAUGUAUCCGUGUAGUUAUUUCAUUGAAAACUUGUGUGAGUUUUAGCUAGCCGUGGUUGUAAGUGUUAAAGCAAUAAUGUCUGUCAAAACCAUGUCUUCGCGUUCGUAAAUAGCUGUAGAAUGAUUGGCCCUUCAGCGGGUAGCUAUAUUGAAAUCUCGUCUACUGUUUUGCCAGAAGCACAUCUAUGCCCAUCAUGCUUUGCAGCAAUAACUCCGCGCGCAAGGAACUCUGGGAAUCUUGUCGCUAUGGCCAUGGGUCCAUCUUAGCCUAUCUUUAACAUAUGUUUACAACAAUAUUUACAAGAAUUUUAUACGGAAACAUAACAUAGCAAUAUCCACUCUCUGGCAUUUAUGACAUGACGACUAGACAUCUAAGUUAGCGGCCAGUUUAAGUAGUAAACGACGUAAAGUUAAAGUAGUGUAGUUGUAGUAGCUAAAGUCUAUCAACAAAGAAACGUGAGUUAUUGUAAAGAUCGUCAUUACUGAGUUGCCCUCAGCAAAGCUUUCCCUUGUUUGAGGCCUCUGUUAAUCGAUCUGAUCUGAGAAUAAAGGACAGUUUUCAUCUACGAA